CUUCCUGCAUCCCUCCCCGCUAUAAUUUGUAUACGUCACUUUUUUAAUUGUGUCGUGGCCAUCAAGAAGGAAGAAAAAAAUGACAUGGGCGCACAGUGAGCGGUCUGGCAAUAAGGCUGGGCAAGGCCAUGAGAUAGAGCAGCCCUUGUUCAUGAGGCCAUGGAUUCCCCCUCCCCCGCCGCUUUCGUAAACACUUCUCUUUUCGAUAGAGAAAAUCAAAAAGCCGAUUACCUAGCCGAAGCCAGUGCCAUGGUCAACUCACACAAUCACCAGUGCAACGCUCUGCAAGCAACUGCGCUGUCAUCCCUGCUGCUGUGGCCCGGAGACGAUGCGUACCGUCACAGCACGAACUCGUGGUGGUCUGCCAACGCUCGCUUUCAUCCUGCUUGUAUUGUACAGCCAAAGAAGACAGAGGAUGUAUCUGAAAUCGUAAAGACGCUUUCCAAGCUGCCCCAUGGACACAUUACUAUUCGCAGCGGCGGCCAUAACCGCGACUACAGCCACGAGAAACUGGCCGACAGCGUCACGAUAGACAUGACCCAUUUCAACCAGACUACGUAUAACCCUGAAACUAAGCUCGCUUCUCUUGGUCCUGCGUGUCGAUGGGGAGAUGUCUUCCUUGCCCUUGAAAAGGACGGCGUCAUGGUGCCUGGUGGCCGCGACGGCGAUGUUGGCGUGGCUGGUCUCAUUACGGGUGGUGGCAACUCGUACUAUACUGGCCGCCGCGGAUUCGUUUGCGACAACUUGGUUAAUGCUGAGGUCGUUCUCGCCGACGGAACAGUAGUUAAUGCCAAUGCGAAUGAGCACGCAGAUCUGUUCAAGGGUCUCAAGGGUGGCAUGGCCAACUUUGGUAUUGUCACUCGUUUCGACAUGCAGGCUUUCGAGGCUGGCAAUCUCUGGGGUGGUUCGCGUGCCUCCGACGUAUCUCAUACCGACAAACUCAUCGACUUGCUCAUCGAGUUUACCGACGACAACCACAAGAGUCCCGAGGCUGCGUUUAUCCUCAUCUUCUUGUAUCAGCCGAAGACAUCCAAGGACAUCAUCGUGGCCCAGCUGGUCGUUGAUACAGACAAUGUCGAAAGGCCCCCAUCCCUAAGCAAGAUUCUUGAUGUACCAGAAAUUUUCAACGAUGUCAAGUCACGACCCAUGAGCGGUAUCGCAAAUGAUUACCUUCUCGCUUCUGGCCUUCGAAAUGUCUGGUACACCCUUACCUUUAAAAACGAUGCUCGUAUAGUAAAGAAGGCCUCCGAACUGCACAAGAAAUUUGUCCACGAACUAUUGCAAACCGUGCCAGCAGAUGGUCUUGCUGCGCAAAGUCUCUUCCAGCCGAUUCCCAAGACGUUUGCUGAUAUUGGCGUUGCCAAGGGCGGCAACGUUCUCGGUUUAGAUGAUGUUGAAGGGAACUCUCUUCUCUGGCUCACUGCAGCAUCGGUGGAUGACGCCAAGUAUGAACAUCUUUUGAAAGUCAAGAGCCGCGCCAUGACGGACGAGCUGCAGCGCUAUGCCGAGUCCAUCGGGGUAGGCCACCCUUGGGUCUACGCCAACUACGCCAAUCCCUCCCAGUGCCCCCUGGAGAGCUACGGCGACAAAAACAUUCAGUUUCUGCGAGACCUUUCUUGCAAAUAUGACAAGCAUGGUUUCUUCCAGCGAUUGGCCCCCGAGUACUUGCGUCUAGCUCUGGACGACGAAUAGAGUCGUGGACCUAUCAAGAGGAUACACCUCUUAUUAUCAUAUUAUUAUUAUUCUAACGUAAAUAAUAUGGACUUAUAUAAUGAGCAUAAACUAAAUACACGAG